AUGCACUGUUCAACAAAUACAAACUGAAGGUGACGUGUGUUUGCACUGCUCUGCGUGCAUAAUACAAAAUGGCGAGGUUGAGCGAACAUGGGAUUCGUCUCAGUUCUAUGAGCCCAUCUUACCUGAAUAGCAACUCAACAAGCCACACAUGGCCCUUCAGCGCAAUUGCAGAGUUGAUAGACAAUGCAUCAGAUCCAGGUGUGUGUGCCAAAAAGAUUUGGAUAGAUGUUGUCGAAGUGAAUGAGCAGCAGUGUUUGACUUUCACUGACAAUGGCAGUGGGAUGACACCAAGCAAACUGCACAAGAUGCUCAGUUUCGGCUUCACCGAGAAGGGCUCUGGCAAGGGUGGCCACCAGGCCAUAGGCGUGUAUGGCAACGGCUUCAAGUCGGGCUCCAUGCGCCUGGGCCGCGACGCCCUGAUCUUCACCAAGAACGGCGGCUGCCAGAGCGUGGGCAUGCUGUCCCAGAGCUUCCUGCAGGCCAUCAAGGCCCAGGCCGUCAUCGUGCCCAUCGCACCGUUCAACCAGCAGACCAAGGCACUAGUGGUGACGGAGGACUCGGAGGCCAGCCUGAGGGCCAUCCUGACCCACUCCCUCUUCAGCAGCGAGGAGGAGCUCCACAAGCAGCUGGACUCCAUACCCGGCAAGAAGGGCACCAAGAUACUCAUCUGGAACAUCAGGAGGAACCAAGAUGGGAAGCCUGAGUUUGACUUUGACACCAAUGACAUUGACAUCAGGCUCCCGGAGAUCCAGAGUGAGGUACUGGAGAAGAAGGGGAAACAAAAGGGCUACUCUGGACCCCGACGUCCUGACCAGAUCAUACCAGAGAUGGACUACUCUCUCAGGGCAUACCUGAGCAUUCUGUACCUGAAGCCAAGAAUUCAGAUCAUCCUCCGACAAAGGAAAGUUCACACUAAACUGGUGGCCAAGAACCUGGCCAUGAUUGAGAACGAUGUGUACAAGCCUCACUUCAUUAAUGAACGGGUGAGGAUCACCUUUGGAUUUAACCUGAAGAACAAGGACCACUUUGGCAUCAUGAUGUACCACAAGAACCGACUCAUCAAGUCCUACGAGAAGGUUGGCUGCCAAAUUAAAUCCUCAGGGCAGCGGUCAGGGGUCGGAGUCAUUGGAGUGAUCGAGUGCAACUUCUUGAAGCCAGCCCACAACAAGCAGGACUUUGAGUACACCAAAGAGUACAGACUGACGCUGGCUGCCCUGGGUAUGAAGCUGAACGACUACUGGAGAGAGAAGAAGGAAAAGAAGGCUAAGGAGAGAGAGUUCAACGCCUACAACAAACGAAACGAGGAAGAAGAGGAGGAGGAGGAGGAGGAAGAGGAGGAAGCAGAAAAAGAAGAGUUGGUGUGGCUGCAGUGUGAGGAAUGUCUGAAGUGGCGUGGGAUCCCAACCAAAUUAUUCAAUGGACCAACCCCUGAGCGAUGGAGCUGCAGCCAACAUCCACACCCACGCCACAGGAGCUGUGAUCUUCCAGAGGAGGCAGAGGAGCCACAGGAGGAGCUGACUCCCAGCUACGAAAAAACAGUCAAGAGACAGGACAAUGUGAGGAAGAGAGUGCAUUACCGGGAGUCAAGGAAGAAAGGACGACACUCAAAGAGGCGAAGCCAACCAAAGCCCACUGUAGAAGAGGAGGAGGAGGAGGAGGAGGAGGAGGAAGAAGAAGAAGAGGAGGAGGAGGAAGAGGAAGAGGAGGAGGAGGAGGAAGAACAGGAAGAAAAGGAGGUGGAGGAAAUAAUGGAAUUCACGAAGAAAGAAAGACGAACAUACAGCAAUAAGAGGAAGUCUGGAGAACAUGAGGAAGACACAAUCACAAACAAAAAGCUGUACUUAAAGGAACAGGUCGCGUCGAGCAGAAAGGAGGAGAGCAGAGGAGUGAAGCUAGCCACAAUAACGGCCGGCGAUAACAACAGUACAGCCGGCAGGCCAGCCCAACGAGAACCCGAGGCCGAAGCUCAGUCAGCCUCAGGCCAGACCCAGACUCAGGCCACCAGCACCACCUCCCCAUCACCACCUUCCAAACCUCAAGCCCAGAACCAGGCCAAGGAUCCCGAGGGCAAACCACUUCCCCCCACCUCCACCACCACCUCCACCACUCCUGGAGGUGUGUGGGCGUCCCACGCCCCCAUGUCUCCUCCGGGCUCGCACCCGCCGCAGUCCUCCUCCACCCAGACGGUGGUGGUGUCGCCGCUGGGCUGCGCUGGCCGGCAGAAGGCGGGCUCCAUGGCCCAGGAGGAGCUGGACCGCUCCAUCCUCCACCAGAGGCUGGGCCAGCUGGAGAGGGAGGCCAAGAGGCUGCGCAGGAAGCUGGGCCUGAGCCCCUCGGCGGCGGAGGGUGGAGCUGGAGCUGCAAGCGAAGGUGGAGGUGGAGGUGGAGGUGGAGGAGCUGGGGCCAUUGUUGGUGGUAGUGGAGAUGCUCAGAUGAAGGGCGAACAAACCACUACGGGUACUACUACUACUACUACUACUACUACGGCUACCGCCACUGCGACUGUGGCUGCCAAAAGCAGUCCACUGUGCUCCAGCCAGAACGGAGAGAAGACGAUGGGCGAAGAAGCAGGUGGCAGAAAGAUGGUGCCGGAGGUGAGGCUGGUGCAAUGUACCGUUCCCAAUACGCAGCAGAGCAAAGUGCCCACUAUAGACCUGACCAGCACGGACCAGACGCCAGAGAAGAGCAACACGGGGAAGCAGACAACAACAGGAGAGGUGAGUCAAAAGGGAGCGCCAUUGAGCCCAGUGGAAAGGUCGUGCAGCAAGAACCAAUAUUCCCAGACGGAGCCGCUGCAGAAGCCUCAGCCUCAGCCACAGCAGCAAGCCCUGCAGGUGGAGGUGAAUCAACUGAGGAAGGAGAGGGAGGCACUAGUGAACCAGGUCAGGCAGAUGGAGAGGAGAGACAGGCAGCAGACACGAGACCAGAGCAGCGCCCAUGACAGCAGCAUCACCUUGGAGCGGUUGAGGUCGAUGAGGAGAAACGUGGUGGCACUGCUCUCCUCUAUCCUACCACACCUGGACCUGCAAGGCAUCAGCUUCGACACCGGGGAUGUGGACAGCAUCCUGCAACAGAUUAUCGAUGCAAACAGUCUUUGAUAGUGCUCUCUCUCUCACUCAUACACACAUACCUGUACAGUACUAUGCCACACACACACACACACACACACACACACACACACACACACACACACACACACACACACACACACCAUAAACUUCCAGACACUAUGUCCCUUCAUUCCUCCUCACGUAAUUGUGGCAAUUCCGUUUAGUAGGCCAUAUCACAUAGAGAUCACAUAGGACAUCCUGCUUCAUCUUUUCUUUUUUGCUAGCAUCCGCACGAUUCAUUCAACCAUCCAUAUACAUUUACUGUACCUGUAUUUGUUCAUAUUUUCAAGCCUUGCUACACAGUUAAAAAAUGCUAUGUUAAUUCAACACAUUGGGCUUUUUUCCACUGCCCGUUUUCUACCCGGUACAGCUGGACUCGGCCGCCACUUGUUGCUUUUCGAUUGGGCACGACUCAGCUCGAAAACCAGCCGGACGGUUGAAGCGAACUGAGAGGGUCUUUCGCUUCCUACUACCCAAAAUUCUUGUCAGCUCGUCCUUACCGGUGAAUCAAAAAAUAAUAAAUUCUCUUGAACUGCUUUUGAGUUUGACACUGUAUUACUUUGAUAUUGAAAUCAAAGGCAGAAAUCAACAUCGUAGAAUCCAAAUAAGAUGUCGCUGAAACUAUUUAUAGCCUACUUCGAUAAGUGAGAUAUCCGUCUGCCUUGCCUCAAGUCAACUAGCCUACGUAAAGUAAUGCAACGUGACAACGGCAAAACGUAACUCCAACCAUACUCCGGGUAACACGGUUUGUAAUGGAAAAACAAACCGGGCUGGUUUGACGUACCACUCAGCUCGAGACGCUACGCAUGAGACGGCAUGGCCCAGCCGGCUUGUAUGGAAAAAUCCCUUUGGAGAGUACUCUGGGACCAAAUACACUCUGAGACGAGAUGUUUCUGACUCUCUGAGUGUUGAAUUAACACUGCAAACUUAACUGUGGACACAGUAUAUGCACCUUAACAGAAAAACAGAGAUCUCUGGCUUUUUAGUAGUUAAAGGCAUGAGACAAAGCAGCAUUAAUAUCAGAAUUAUACCGUUUACGCAGCUCCAUGCCAAUAACCACUGUACAUUCCCAAGUUCUCACAUUUGUAUUGUAGGACAAAUGACCACUCAGGUCUACUUAAGUGUCAUUUUCUGUCUCCCUUGUUAUUUUUUUAAAUAAAGAAAGCCA